AUGAGUGGGGCAUUCGUGCUAGCUAGUGUAGAGGGAGCAACGUUGAAGGAGCACAUAGACCAAUACUAUGAAGACAAGCCUGUGUUCACAGUAGGCACAAUCGAUGAAGCAAAAGAUAGGUCGAAUGCAAGUGAGGGAGAAAAGCACAAAGCUGUUCUUGGAGUGGAUUUGGAUGCAGAGGUGACAAGGUUGGAGGAACGCUUGAGGGAUGUGAAGAGACGAAGAGAGGAGGCAAGGACCAUGAAGGCUAACACGAAGCCAGUCGAAGUCAGACUGAAGCAAAGUGCUGAGUCGAGCAAGAUCAUCAAGCAGGUCUUAGACCAGAUGAUGGACAGUGUUGUCAUGUUGACACACUACGAGUUGUUUGUGAUAGCUCCAGAGCUCGAGUGCCAGUAUGCAGCUAAGCUUAUGAGGACGACUCAGAUGUGUGACAAAAUGCUGAACAAGGCUGGAAGUGGACCUGCAAAGGCAGAGGAGGAAGAGACGAGUGAGGAAGCAAGGACUGACAGCAGAGAAGAUCAGCACACAGGUACAAGCGUUGCAUGCAAGGACAACAAAGCACAGUCAAGCCCAGCAGCAGAGCCGAGAACGAGCAGAUUAUUAUGCAGGAGGACGUCAGAAGCCGUUGGAUCAGAGCAGUGUCGAGCAAGGGAGUGUUGGAUAGGCACCCCAGUCAGCAACAACAAGGCUGGAAGUGUACCAGUCAGGCUAGCAACAGUAAAGCUGAACGACAAAUUGGAGACUGAGAGCUUACUGGACCAGGGAGCUGUUAUGAACGUGAUGUGCAAAGACGUUUGGAAACGCUUGGGAGUACCAAAGGAGCGAGUGCAGACGAACCUCAGGCCAGCAAAUGCAGGAUCAAUUGCAAUCAAAGGUGUCAUUCUGAGACUCAAGGUGUCAGUAGGUGGAAUAUCAAUGGUGAUGCCAGUUCAUGUAGUGAAGGACACAACGUUCGACAUGAUAAUCAGGAGGCCGUUCUUCGCAUUAACUGAGUGUGAGACGAAGGAUUUCAAGGACAGUAAUCAGAUUUUGACCUUGACAGACCCAGCAGAUCAGAACCAGAAGUGUCAGGUUGAGACCCAAGCAGCUGUUGGAUGA